UAGCACAUAAUUGAUGGAUGGAGUAGAAGAACAAACAGGAAGGCAUGGAUCCCACUGAAGAAAAACCGAGCAAAACAGUCGACAUUUAUCGUGAUACCUGGGUCCGCUUCUUAGGCUAUGCAAAUGAGGUCGGGGAGGCUUUCCGUGCUCUGGUGCCAGUGAGCUUUGUGUGGGGCAGCUAUGCUGUGGCCACUGUUUACGUCACUGCUGAUGCUGUGGACAAAGGAAAGAAAGCAGCUGUGGCACAUGGGGACAACCCGGGGAAGACGACCCGGGUAGCGGCGGCCGUGGUGGACACGUUUGUGUGGCAGGCCCUCGCCUCUGUGAUGAUCCCAGGCUUCACUAUCAACCGCGUGUGUGCUGGGUCACUCUACCUGCUGGGUAGAACCACCAAGUUGCCCCUGUCCGUCCGCAAGUGGACCACCACAGCUAUAGGCCUCUCCACCAUCCCCUUCAUCAUUACUCCUAUAGACAGGUCAGUGGAUUUCCUGCUUGACUCGAGCCUUCGGAAGGUCUACGGUGAGGAAGAGAAGCACAAAUAAGGACAGAUCACGCAGACGGGGACAAACCAGUUCAGUCUAUGUAGACCUGUGCUGAUUAUUCACCACUGUGAAGCUGUAAAAAAAAAAGUUUAAAGAAGGACUUCAAGGAGCAAGAUUUCACAGCUCAUCAAAGAUAGAAAUGAUUAAAGGGAUUUUUAUUGCAAAGUUACAAAGUUUAUAUAAGCAGGUAAGGUCCUUAAAAGUGAAAUCCGGUUUCUUGAAUUAUCCCUCUGGGGAUACUCAACUUUAAGCUCUCAGGGCAAGCUGGGUAAAAGCACCAAGAAAAUGUUUAAAAAGAAAUAUGAAUAGAGAAUGAAAAAGUGACAUACUGCUUCUUUAAGUGUUCUUCGGCAGGGAUACAGUGAUUGUCCGUACAGAGGAACCCUCCGAGGCUCUGUAGGCCCUCUGUUAGUUACGAGCUGUUUCUCUGGUUUCACCUCAUGUCUACAUGUCAAGGAGGUUAAAUACAAAUCCACACUUGCUGUGUUUUUAGCCAUAUUCAGUGGUACUGUAAUGACAGGCCAACAAGUCUGUUUGCCAUGAUAUCCCUUAUAUUCAUUAUUUACACAUAAUCUCUUAGUUUUCUGUUUCUCGCUGAAAAGAAAAGCAUCUGUUUCCUAUAAUAGAUGUUUUAAAUGCAUUAUUUCAUUCUACCUUAUUGUUGGUGGUGGGAGCCUUUAAAGUUUGCACUGUGAGCGUUUUUAUACCAUGGUUAUAGUCUAUGUGAUACUGUAUAUAUGUCAUGGUAUAUGGCUCUCUUAAACUUAAGAGUACCUGUAGUAACACCAAGUCAUACUUGUGCUGUCAGCCUCACAAGUAUUUGAAUGUUUUAUCCCCGAUAUGUAAACUGUCGUAGUCAGAUUUUCUGAAAGCACAAUACUGUUAUUUCUUGUUGUCUGAUCACAAUACACAUACAAGUUUAUGGCAUGUAAGACCUUCUUUACAGCAUCAGAUUACUUAUAGACAGUAUGUAAUGAAUACAAUAAGAGUUAAUUAUAGCUGAAAAAUAUAUAAAACGUCAGAACUUGUAAUGUAAUACUUCUCCCAACAAGCUUUAACCUGUAGCUGUAUAAAGUGAAUAUGUGGUGUAGAAGAAUAGAGUUCUCCAUCUAAUAUAAGUUUGAUAAAAUUAAUUAGUUGCACUUCUAAAAUAAUAAUUGUGGAGGUCAGUUUAGUAUCUAUGCAGAAAACGGUUUAAGGGAUUAACUACGAAAUAUACACAGAUACCGUACGGCUGUUUUUGCCGAGGAGCAGAGUCAUAUACUGUAGCUGAACUAUGCAAAGGGAAACAAUGCUUUGUGAAUUAAAUGGAUUGUUAUUGUUCUGCCAUAUUAGAAAUGAGGUAUGUAAAAUAUGUCAAUGUUAUAAAAUGAAGGGAAACUGAUACAACAUGUGGCUUGAAAUUUGGAUUAUUUCACUAAGACAACAAGGAACAUACACAGGGAACGGUUACCUCCUGUAUAACAUUAUAGCAAUAAAUAAAUCUAUGUGAAUCACACUAUAUUCUCUUUGCUGUGAUGGAUGUGGUUCACUUUUUCAUGGAGACGUGCUGAAAGAAAAAGAUUGUGAAAACUUAGGGUGCACCAAUCAUCAUGUUUUUACCUAUUUAAUGAUCAUAACCACAUCAGGCCAAUUAUAGUAAAUAAGACUUAUUUUUUAUUACCAGCAUUAUUGGUUGUUUUCGUUUACAUAAAACAAAAGAUGUUACUUUUACCUUGAGUAAGUAUAAGGGUAUAGACUUCUUCUUGUCAGAUAUUUGACUUGCCAUAGCAGGAAAAUCAUGGGUGUAAAUAACAAAGGGUCUAAAAAUCAAACAUUUAAACAUAGUUGUUUAAGUGUCCAUGUAACUGCAACUUGGACACCUCAGUUAAAUUCACCCAUUUUACUUAUUAUACCCGUUUUACUGCUAUAAUGAAGAUAAUAAAGAAUUGUCUAACUUUAAAAAAAAAA